UCGAACUGGGAAAACAUGGAAUCACACGACCCCGCUUCCUUAGAAAACACAACCUAGGAGUUAUACUGAAAACAAAGACGAACGCAAUCUAGUACUCCUAGUAGUGACCAUCGGGAUCUCCCCUCUCUCUCUCCCAAAUGCCGCGGGCCCACCCCCGCCGCCGCCGCCUCCUUCCCGUCGCCGCGGCGGCGGCCGCCCUCGCGCUCCUCGCGCUGCUCGUCCUCCUGCCCACCGCGCCGCCGGGGGAACCCGCGUCCCCGGCCUCCCUCCUCCGCGCGGCCAUCGCCGCGCACCCGUCCCCCGCCUCAUACGCGCACCCGUGCGCCGACCACCUCUCCCUCUCGCUCCACCGCCUCCGCGCCGCGCUCUCCGCGCUCGAGUCCGGCGACCAGCCAGGGGCUCUCCACCUCGCCUCCGCCUCGCUCCAGUACCAGUAUGGCUGCUCCCACCUCCUGUCCCUCCCCGCCUUCCCCUCCCAUCCACUCACCUCCCGCUUCCUCAAUUCCCUCACCCAGCAGACGCUAACCGCAGACCCCAAACCCUCCUCCUUCUACUCCACAGUCCCAGCCUUUCCGGCGAGGGUCCAUUCGGCUGCCACCGUCUGCAAGUCCGAUCCGGCGUGCGGCUUCUCGAAUGUGCAAGACGCCGUCAAUGCGGCGCCGAAUUACACUGCCGGGCACUUCCUCAUCACCGUCUCUGCAGGUAUAUACAAGGAAAAUGUCGUAGUUCCGUUCGAGAAGACCAACAUUUUGCUGGUGGGUGAGGGAAUGGGGGCUACCGUGAUCACUGCCUCACGGAGCGUCGGGAUCGAAGGUCUUGGCACUUAUGACACCGCGACGGUGGCUGUCAUUGGAGAUGGCUUCCGGGCGAGGGAUAUCACAUUUGAGAAUACUGCUGGGGCAGGAGCUCACCAGGCGGUUGCGUUCCGGUCAGAUAGCGACCGGUCGGUGCUGGAGAAUGUGGAGUUCCGAGGGCAUCAGGACACCUUGUAUGCUCGCACAAUGCGGCAAUUGUAUCGCCGAUGCCAUAUUACUGGAACUGUGGAUUUUGUAUUUGGGAAUGCUGCAGCUAUGUUUGAAGAAUGUGUGAUUGAGACGGUGCCGCGGGCAGAGGGGUCCGGGAAGAGCGCGCGCAAUGUGGUGGCAGCAAAUGGGAGGAUUGAUCCAGGGCAGACCACAGGGUUUGUAUUUCAAAAUUGCACAGUGGAUGGUAGCAAAGAUUUCGUUGUGUUGUUCCAGGCAAAGCCGCAAUCAUACCGGCUCUAUUUGGGGCGUCCAUGGAAGGAGUAUGCAAGGACACUAUUUGUCAGCUGUUAUUUAGGCAAGGUUGUCAGGCCGGAGGGUUGGCUUCCUUGGCGAGGGGAUUUUGCGCUCAAGACACUGUAUUAUGGGGAGUUUGAUAGUCGAGGCCCUGGUGCGAAUCAGACAUCAAGGGUCAGGUGGAGCAGUCAUACACCAGAACAGCAUGUCACAUUCUACUCAGUAGAGAACUUUAUUCAAGGACAUGAAUGGAUUGCGUACUAAAUAUAGUAAUAGAGUCAAUGUUCAGAUUAGCGAUUCUUGGUGGAGCUUCAACAGCUAAAUGCUAAAUAUCCAACCCGUGAUUUCCCUGAAUUGCAAGCAAGUCACGCUCCCAGGAUCUGGAGUCAAAUAACUAACUGUAUUGACUUAGUACAUAACCCGAAGUGAUCUGGUUUCUGCUGUUCCUUUUUACUCACAGAAUAUCAAGGAACUUGCCUAUUGUAGUCGUGUGGUAUUCAGGUCGAUAUACAUAUGUAAAGCACAUCA